GCACAUUAUUGGGCAGGUUAUGCUGUCAAAAUGAGGAAAUUUAAAACGAUUUUGCUGACGUUAUUGUGUCUUCAAUAUUGCCAUUCGGUCAGCGUUUCGGAUAACGAAAUCGACGUUCAAGAGAAUGAAAUUCCGAGAUCCGGAACUAAAGAUGUUCAUGGGAAAUCACCGGCAAGUCAUCUUCCAUUGGAAGUGGACCUCUUCAAACUGAUGAACAUCUCCUCGAAAGACCAAGGUGUAUCACAAGUCGAAGGCCCCAUCAAAAAAUACCCAGCCUACAAAUUCCGAUUGCCCUACGGCAACGUUCCACUGUCGAACGGUUCUUUGGUGACCACAGCCCUGAACGCCCGGGACGGGUUCACCGUCGCCUUCUUGUACCGACAACAGAAAAACAAUUUGGGCACCCUCAUCUCCAUAAAUUCCCCCGGGCGACUGACACCAUGGUUCCAAAUCACUUCGAGCUCCAAAAGCGGCACCCUGAACCUGAGGUACCGCACGCAAGACUCGACGAAACUCAAACAGAUCGAGUGGAACCUGCCGAAACACCACAAAAAGUCACCGCUUGCAGCCUGGAUCUGGAUGUCGGUUAGUGUGGAUUACAUAAACGGAAUAAUCAGGAUGGACUUGGACUGUCAGCCGAGCAGAUUCGAAACGAUAUCCGCAAAAACUGCCAGAAAUCGCAUCUGGAUCCCCGCCGACUCCCUCGUGUACUUCCGACAGGAGCCCGGGCGAAAAAAGAAGUUUUUGGGUUCCAUGCAGGUGGCCAAAAUUUUACCCUAUUAUCGUCAAGCUAGAACUUGGACGUGUGCCGAAAUCUCGGAUAAUCUUCCACCGGAUCAUUCUAAACCGGUUUCCUAAUUUUCUAUUUACAAAAAGCACUGAUAUAACUAAGAAUUUCAUUAGAAUUCGAAAGUGACAACAAUCCAUACUUUAUAUUAAUUAGAAGAGUUUAUUGAUCUCGAAAUGAAUGAUUAAUGAAUUUAUUCCAUCACCUUCUGUUUUACAAAUAAUUAAUUGUUACAAUAAGUUUAUCUAUGAGGUAAAUCGUGACUCUGGAAGAGUUUGUAGAGUAUAUUUAUUUAUUAUUAAUAUAUUCCAACGCUUAUAUUAGUUGGAAUUAAUGAAUAAUUAAAGAGAGUUUAAAUAUUA